UCUCACUUAUCCCCCACCCUCAGCCUCUCUGUAUACACGAUCGCGUACCCAUCACCUUCAAUACUUUUAGUUAUUACCUCCCUCACCUGAUAUUCAAUCUCUUUCCCCGCCUCCUCUUCCUCCCCCUCCUCAAACACGUCUAUCUUUCCCUUUCUCUCAUUCUAUCUCCCUCUUACUUUCACUAUUCUCUCUUCUUUCUCUCACUCUAUACGGAGCCUCUAACUCUUUCACCCGCUCUCUCUCUCUCUCUCUCUCUCUGUCUUUCCCCUCACUAUUCAUCUGUCUGUCUCUCUAUUUUUACGCACAACUUCUCCCAGCGUUAGUCUUUACUCUCUAAUACUGUCACUCUUGUUUCACAUCCCACUGUCAAUCUAUCAUCACCACAGUCCAACAAAAUAGACGUAAGCUCGCCUUAUGUGAAAAGUCUUCUUUCCUUCUGAGGAUGUAUGGCUUGAGACAUGGGCAAAAGGAACAGCAAACUCAAACCCGAUGAAAUCGAGGAACUGCGGACUAAAACAUACUUUUCAGAAGAGGAAAUACAACAAUGGUAUAAAGGAUUUAUGAAAGAUUGCCCAGAUGGCAAGCUGACGUUAGAGGGAUUUACAAAAAUAUAUCGUCAGUUCUUCCCAUUUGGUGAUCCUAGCAAAUUCGCUGCAUUUGUCUUCAAUGUCUUUGAUGAGAAUAAGGAUGGUUACAUAGAAUUUGAUGAAUUUCUACAAGCCUUAUCGGUAACCUCCCGAGGUAAUGUGGAUGAAAAGUUACGGUGGGCUUUCCGUCUUUAUGAUCUUGACAGUGAUGGCUUCAUAACGCGGGAGGAACUUCUAGAUAUUGUAGAUGCUAUCUACAAGAUGGUGGGAAACAUGGUAAAAUUACCAGAGGAAGAAAACACGCCGGAGAAACGUGUAAAUAAAAUAUUUGAAAUAAUGGAUAAGAACAAGGAUGACCGCUUAACAUUUGAUGAGUUCCUUGAGGGCUCUAAGAAGGAUCCAACGAUUAUUCAAGCUCUGACUCUUUACGAUGGGGGUCGACUCUGAUGUAUGUCCCGCGUGACGAAUCAAGCGUUGUCACCUUCAUUGGACUCUGCCCAUAAAGCGCUGUUAUUUUAUUUUAUAUUCUUCACUCUAUCAGAAUCUCAACUAACAAUAAAACACAUAAGAAACAGUUCUAAGAAAUACAAUUUAACUUUAUAAAGAAAUCGAACAAAGAAGAAAACCAAGGGAAAAUAAUUAAAAGAUACAGUGAAAAAAAAAAAAAAAGUGAGAUGAAAAACAUACUGAAAGCGAGAACAAUUAAACCAAAUGAUGAAUUUGAAAGGAAGAAUUAAAGACAAGGGGUCUUUUUUUUUUGUAAAAUUUCUGAUAUUGUAACCAUGGUUAUGUUAUGGUUACAUCCUUACAUGAGUUUCCAUAAGGAAAUGUUGAGCAUCUCAGCCAAACUUUAUAGCAAUGUCGUAAACAUCACUGCCAUUGCUUUCUCAGCCAAUACAUUUAUGUAUUUUUUCCAUCUGUAUCGCUUUUUACCUUUCCAAAUUAUGCUUUUUUCUUUUUAAAUCUCUAUUUACCACUACUUACAUCUUUGUUCCAUAUUUCUCUAUUUAUCUACCUCCAUCUAUCUUUCACUAAUUUUACUUCUCUUUCUAUUUCAUCCCUUCUAAAAUUAAACCUAUCUUUUCCCCCGUGUCCUUUCAGCUAAAUGGACUUACCUUUACAGCUUCUUUUUGUAAUUCUAAAUAAAAGGAAAAAAAAAAAAAAUUAAACAAAAGGUUUUAACCUGGCCUCCUUUUUCUCCUGUUCUUGUGCUACUCUUCUCUUGGAAUUUCUUUCUUUCAAACCCCACCCAUCUUCUCUUUUUCCUUUUUUUGCCUUUACUUACUCUAAUCAACCACAACAUUCUUUCUCACUGUAGCUAAUGCAUAAACACAACACCACAAAGACAUUAGAGAAUGGUUGCAGUGAUUCCUUACAUCUGCAACCGUUGCUACAUCCUAUAUCAAUUACUUUCCAAUUUUCUUUCUGUUUCGCUUUAUGCAGAGUCAGACAAUAGCAUGGAUUCUUAAAUACUGUUGUUCUUGUUGUUAUUUAUUUUUUUUCAUUGUUAUUGUUACAUUUCUGUAUGUGUGCACAAGUAUGCAAUGUGCUUCUGUGAGUGUGUGCGAGUGAAUGUUUGGUGUGUCUUCUUGUAUAUAAGUGUAUUCUCCAGAAUUUCCUCUGUCAAAGAUCUUCAUAUAUCUUGGCAUGAUUCUCUCUUCCCUUCUCUCUCUCUUUCAUAUAUAUAUAUGUGCAUAUAUAUAUACAUACAUACAUAUAUAUAUACAUGUAUAUACAUGUACAAACACACAUGCUUAGGCGUACAUUUAUAUAUGCCUGUAGAUGUGUUGUAUGUAUGAUUUUUCUAAAAACUAUUUUAGAUGAAAAAAAGGAAAAUAAGAUUAGUCUCUUUCAAUUUUUGAAAUAAUUUCUUCCAAAAUUUAACUGGUUUCCUUUUAUAAGCAAACCAAUUUUUUUAAACUGUUUCUCUAAAACAAUUUUUAAAAAAAAAAGUUAAAUAUGUCUUUAAUAUUUAAUAACUAGAACCAUUUUAACUCAGUCAUUUUAAUUAUCUUACAAUGUUGAGCUUUCAUUUUAUUUUAGCAUGGAAUUUUUUACACACACCCCUUCCCCCACUCUAACAUUUUUGCCUUAAGAAAAAUAGCUAUCAUUGGAUUUAUAGGUUCUAAACAUCAAAGAGUCGGAAUCUGCUCUUUAUUUAUCUUCAUUUGAAUUGGUCACAGUUAGAAUUUACAGCUCUAGUGGUUUCACUUACACACACACACACACUCACACACAUAUUUUGUUCAUAUAUGAAGCGCAUAAAUAUAUGUUUGAAAGUGUUAGUUUGUUUUACUUUCUGACAAUUUAAAAUGCUGUUAUUUCAGUUUCAAUUCCUUAAUGAUGGAAAAUGUAAUUUCAGAUGCCAACAAUAUAUUUAUGUGCUUCAAAUGCAAACAAAAUAUGUUUCUAUACAAAAAUGAAGAAUCACAAUUUUAAAUCCUCUUAUUGGGAAGAGAUUUCAGAUUUAAAUUUUUAUUUCAUUUAUAAAGAAGUUUGUUUUCACAAAUUCUGAGUCCCUGAAUGUUUAAAACAGUGGUUUUCUACUGUAGCUCCCAGGGCCAUAUCUGGCCCUCAAGCAUCCUUCUAUAAAUGUUUUUUUUUUUUUUAAUUGACCUAUGUUUUACUUUUUUUGGUGUGCCCCCCCCCCAUUUUGGAUCUGGCCCAGAUAUUAAAAAGGUUAAGAACCACUAGUUUACAACAUAAAAAUCUAAAACUAUCUUGGGUUUCUUUUUCAAUUUUUUUAAAGGUAUAAAAAAGGUGAAAAAAUCCAUGCUAAAAUUAGGAAGUGUCCAAAAUUGUAUUGGUUUCAAUUAUUUUGCCAAUUCUUUUUUUAAAUAACAAAUCUUAGAAACCCAAAUAAGUGUUGUUGUUGAGAAGAAUAUCAAAUUGCUUAUUCUGGUUGUUGGCUUUAUUUUCUACGCUAAGCUGUAUAUCGUCUUCAAAAAUUAUGUGGAUUUCAUCCAAGUACUGUAAGAACGUGCUAAAAUAUAUGCAGAAAUGUAUUAAUACCAAUAUGAUGAGGAACGUCAACUCCCUGGAUUUAUUGCUACAAACUUUAUUGUAAAUCAAAGUCGCCUACUUUCCGUAGGCACAUGCUGAGUUAGUGCUUUUCUGUUUAGUUUUGUUUUUCAUUUAUUUCUCUGAACCUUGUGUGUUUUCCUUAAGUUUUUUCAUUGUAAGAAAAAUAUCCUGUUUCAAUAAAUAUGUUUCCAUAAUUUAUAAGUAGUUCAUAGCCAUUGACCAAGAUCUUGAUACCACACAGUGUCUGAAAUAUAUUUGUCACAAACGUGAAAUGAAGAAAAAUUAAAAUAUAUAUGUAUAUAUAUUUAACAUUUUAAGUGGAUAGUUACUGUCAAUUUCUUGAAUCCCAUUUUUAAUGUCAUUUCUACGGAAUUUUCUGAAUCAUUUAUUGAAUUUGUCCUUUAAAAGGUUUGAAUUAAUUUAAAUACCUCUGAUGACAAGUGACUAAUGAGUCUGGCAAAAUAGUAUUUAUUCUGACUAAACAGACAAUAUUCACUUCCAUCUUUGGAUUGCUGGUAAUGUUUCAACAACUGCAUUAGUUAAAGGCGUAUUCACUUCCACUGGUGCUUUAGUUAUAUAAGCUUCUUAAAAUACACUCAGUGACCAGUUUUCUGGGGACAUCUAGUGCUCAGUAAACUGGGCACCUAAUGUAUUUGAAUUUAAAUGUUGACAAUAUUUGUAUUGCUUUCUCCGACGGGAUGUUCCAUUAAAUUUUUGAUGAUAUACUGGAUAAGCAAUCAAAAUAAUAAUGCUAUGACCAGAUCAAGUAAGUUGCAAAGAAAAAAAAAAAUUCAUGAUAAUAAAAAUAACCAAAAUUCCUUUCAGACAUUUGUUCCAUUAUGACAAAUCAUAAUGGAGCAAAUCGUCAAAUGCAAACUAUUUAAAUUUGAAAUUCUGCACCAUUUGCUAAAUUGCUUAAAGAAUAUAUUCAUUUGUGGCAUUAGCAAACAUUGGAGAAUGAUGGUAACAAAACUUUGUAAAUAUAAAGAAAAUAAUCUAAUGGAAAUGAACUAUUUUAUUUUUAAUUUGUAAGUUUUAAAAUAUUAAUAUACAAAUGGAGAUUAUACUAAUUAUGACAUUUUAUUAUAAUAAAUAAUCUAAAUUAGCUUCCAGAAAAAGUAUUUCAUUCUUUGUAUCUAAAUAUUUAAUUUGUUUUGCACAUAAACCACUGCUGAAGACAAACUACAUGGUUUUUGAUUGAAAGCCAUAUUUUAGCGCUGUAUCAAUUUAUCAAUUGUCAUAUUCUAAUGCAUAGUUAUAUGAUUUAAAAAAAAAAGGUAAAGGAAAGAAAAUCUCACAAUGUUGCUCCAUGUAAAA